AUGGACGUUUCAUACCUCUUCAGUAAAUUGUUUGGGACAUUAAUAGUGGGUGCCUCGAUGUUUAUGAAAGUCCCCCAAAUCCUAACGAUAUACCAAGCGAAGAGUGGUGAAGGUGUUUCUCUUCAAUCUUUUUUGAUUGAAAUCUUUUUAUAUGCAAUUGCCUUUAAUUACCAUUACCAAGGGGGAUAUCCUUUGAGCACCUAUUUCGAUUACUUCUUCUUAUUAAUCCAAGACAUCACAAUCAUCAUUUUAAUAGUGUUCUACGCCAAGAAAAUCGACGCGAAAUUCAUCGAGAUCUCCGUCGCGUUUUCGCUCUUCUUCGGUGCACUCUUCGCAGGGUUGUGCCCACCCGCCGUCCUCUCUGUCUUGCAAUCCCUCACAAUUCCGUUCUUCAUCAUCGCAAAACUCCCACAAAUAUAUCAGAACUAUAAGACUAAAGCAACAGGAAGUCUCUCGUUGGCUACUACCAUCGGACUCUUCGCCGGUAACUUGAUGAGAAUGUUCACAACGUGGGUUGAAAUGGAGGGAGAGUAUUUGAUUCUCUUCUCGUACUUCUCUGGUGUGGUGAUCAACGGAAUCAUCAUCACCCAAAUUUUCAUGUACAAAGGGAACAAACCACAACACAUCGACUAA